AUGAAGCUUGACAAGUUGAUUGGAGUCGUAACCAAAGUACGCAACGUGUUCCCUCCACGAAUCGUUGAUCCUUACCUUCGUCAGAGUGCUACGUUCAAUUCGCCAUGCUCAUGCCUUCCCGAUUGGAAUUCAAUGUUCUGCAAUUACACGCAAACUGUUGCCACUGCACCAGGGCUUAUUCUUCCGGUCAUGCCAACGAUAUGUGUAUGCAGAAAAUUUGACGACAAUGGAAAUAAAUGUCAGCAAUUUAUCAUUAGGUGCUUCAAUCGAAAAAAUAAGAAGUGCACGUGCUGUUUCAAUCAGCCGAGUGACUACUGCGACCACUUAACGUGUAGAAACGGCGAACCUGAAUUUAGCUCAUCGAAUACCAGUUGCGUUUGUCACCACAAUCCAGCAGACUAUCCCUAUCAUAUAUGCAAAUCACUGAACAUUCGCAACAGCCCCGCUCAAAUCGAAGCUGCCCAAGCGCGACAAAACCCACAGUCGUCUGAUGAGCGGCGUCAGGAUCUCUUCACAUUCCUUGGUAUUAGGAUUCCAUCUUCGCCAGCCACAUAUAUCAUUAUUGGUCUUCUAGUCGCCAUCAGUUUCCUAACAGUUGUAAUUUUGGUGGUCGGAAAUCGGAAGCGGCAAAAACGUCGGGAUGAUAAUUUGCGCCAACGCCAAAACGCUCACGAAGCGUUGCUGAUGCAACGUGCUGACGACGAUAGAUAUCUGCCUUCUGUAUGA